GCUAGAGCAUCGCCAUUUUGUCAGGAGGCUUUUUUUUCCCCCCAGCUCAGUCUUUUUCAAAUGUUCUCCCUUCCCGCCGGAAUAAUGCUGUCAGUGGAUAUAUGUUUCAAGUUUUCGGAUAUCGAAACGCGUCUACUGAAACGGAUUAAGAAGAUCGAGAGGCCGACGUUUUAACAGAGUUGGGAAUAAUUAGGCGGCGCCGCUCUAACUCAGUUGUCCGUGUCUCUGGUCCACCGGGCCGGUUCACUGCGCAGGUUUGGACCGCGCGCCAUUUUGUGAAAAUUGACACAAAAUUCCUGACCAAAAAUUAUAAGAGGACACGGCUUCUUUUUGGCGAUUAGGAUGCUCUGGAUGUAACCGCGUUGUCGCGCCCGUCGAAGAGUCCGAGGCAUUGGCUGCAAAGACUGCGUUAAAUCAGAAUUUGGCGUAACGUUUAUUUAGCGGCAGCUACAGUCGUUAGCUUCGGGCUAGUCAGGGCAAGCGGCUAACGUUAGCUGCGUUCAUUUUGUCAGCUAGCGCUAGUUAGCAUGUCGCUUCUCAUCAGCUGAUAAAAACAUCAGAUAAAUUUGCAUCGAUCGUGGAUGUUGGUCAUCAAAGCUUUGGACAUGAAGCGCUCACUGGAUAUGACUGACGAGUUUUUUUAGGAGUUUUUUUUUUUUUUUUUGUGCCGGCCAGAGGACGGUGGAUUGGAUUUACUCGCUAACCCGUACAGGGAGGGGAGAAUCUCGGGCUGGAUAAGUUUCCUCAUCAUACAGUUUAUUGGACUUUAAAUGAAGAUCGUGCCAUCAGAGUGGUUUGUGGUUUGCUGCUGGACUCUCCUCCCAGGAUGAUAUGAAAUUGUACAGAAGAUGCAUCCAGGAGGAGAGACUUAAGCAUGCAAACCUUCGUCCGUCCGGCUUGCGCCCUCUUUUUCUUUACACACUGCUGGUCUUCAGAUGGCUGCUCCAAUGCCCCAUACGCACCAGCAGUACAGUGACCGCCACCAGCCAAGCACUGACCAAUCUGUUACGGUUUUACCGUACAGCGACCAGACACCUCAGCUCACUGCCAAUCAGAGGCACAUGCCCCAGUGCUUUCGUGACCCAACUUCAGCUCCCCUGAGGAAGCUCUCCAUUGACCUGAUCAAAACAUACAAACACAUCAAUGAGGUGUAUUAUGCAAAAAAGAAGCGGCGGCACCAACAGGGUCAGGGUGAAGACUCAAGUCACAAGAAGGAGAGGAAAGUCUUUAACGAUGGCUAUGACGAUGAUAACUAUGACUACAUCGUCAAGAAUGGGGAGAAGUGGAUGGACCGUUAUGAGAUUGAUUCCUUGAUAGGAAAAGGAUCAUUUGGACAGGUUGUAAAAGCAUACGACCGAGUAGAGCAAGAAUGGGUCGCCAUUAAGAUCAUCAAGAACAAGAAGGCUUUCCUCAACCAAGCCCAAAUAGAAGUGCGCCUCCUGGAGCUGAUGAACAAACAUGACACCGAGAUGAAAUACUACAUCGUUCACCUAAAGCGACACUUCAUGUUUCGGAACCACCUCUGCCUCGUGUUCGAGAUGCUUUCAUACAACCUAUACGACCUGCUCCGAAACACCAACUUCCGCGGAGUCUCGCUCAAUCUCACCCGGAAGUUUGCCCAGCAGCUAUGCACGGCACUACUCUUCCUGGCCACGCCUGAGCUCAGCAUCAUCCACUGUGACCUGAAGCCGGAGAACAUUCUCCUCUGUAACCCGAAGAGGAGCGCCAUUAAAAUAGUGGACUUUGGCAGCUCAUGCCAACUGGGACAAAGGAUAUACCAGUAUAUCCAGAGUCGCUUCUACCGUUCCCCAGAGGUGCUGCUGGGAAUGCCCUAUGACCUGGCAAUCGACAUGUGGUCCUUGGGUUGCAUCUUGGUAGAGAUGCACACUGGAGAGCCUCUCUUUAGUGGAGCCAAUGAGGUUGACCAGAUGAACAAAAUAGUUGAGGUUCUUGGCAUCCCACCUAAUCACAUAAUGGACCUAGCCCCCAAAGCCAGGAAGUUCUUUGAGAAGCUUUCGGAUGGUACAUGGAGUGUUAAGAAGACCAAAGAUGGCAAAAGGUAUAAGCCUCCAGCUUCACGGAAGCUCCACUCCAUCCUCGGUGUGGAAACAGGGGGUCCAGGUGGCCGGCGGGCGGGGGAGUCCGGCCAUGCCGUUGCUGACUACUUGAAGUUCAAGGACCUGAUCCUCCGGAUGUUGGAUUACGACCCUAAGAGUCGCAUCCAACCCUACUAUGCCCUGCAGCACAGCUUCUUUAAGAAGACUGCGGACGAGGGGACCAAUACGAGCAGUAGCGUGUCUACGAGCCCCGCGUUAGAGCAGUCCCAGUCUUCAGGAACCACCUCCAGCACCUCCUCUAGUUCAGGAGGAUCGUCUGGGACUAGUACCAGUGGCAGAGCGAGAUCAGACCCUACCCAUCACCACUUGCACAGUGGAGGACACUUUGGGACGACCAUGCCUGCCAUGGAUGGUGACAGCCUCUGUCCACAGGCAAGACAGCCUUACCCACCCCCACUAGUGUGGGGCGGCGGCGUUGGACCCGAGUCAGUCACUGGAGAAACCCACCCAGUUCAGGAGACCACCUUCCACGUUCCCCCUCAGCACCCCAAGGCCCUGCACCCCCACUCCCAUUUCCAUCACCACCACGGGCAGAUGAUGGCGACGCGUCCGCGCCCGCGCCACUACACCUCCCCGACGCAUAGCUCUUCGACGCAGGACUCCAUGGAGGUGGUUCAUGGCCAUCUGUCCAUGACCUCCCUGUCUUCCUCUGCCUCCUCUUCCUCGACAUCAUCCUCUUCCACUGGGAACCAUGGGAACCAGGCCUACCAGCUCCGCCACUUGCCCGCCGGAGCCCUCGACUUUGGUCAGAACGGUGGGCUCAGCAUGGGGCUAGGUGCCUUCUCGAACCCCCGGCAGGAGACCGGCAUGGCCGCGCACCCUGCUUUCUCCAUGGGCACGAACACGGGGCCUGGCCAUUACCUAGCGGAAGGCCACCUGGGCAUGAGGCAGGGCAUGGACCGGGAGGAGUCUCCAAUGACUGGAGUGUGUGUGCAGCAGAGUUCGAUGGCCAGCUCGUGACUGCACUGACAUUUGGCUGUGUGUUUUUUUCCCCCCUGUGCGUCAUUUUUAAAGGUGGUGUUUUUUACUACGAGGUGUGUUGAGAACAAAAGCUGCUCACGUCAGAAGGGAGAUAUCACUGAACCGCUACUACAGAGAAAAAAAACCUUUUUGUUUAAAAAGUAUAUAUGUAAUUUUUAUCAGUUUUUUUGUUUUUGUUUUUUUCUUUUUCUUUUGCAAUCAUUAGGCACAAAAUAAUACUGCGGAAUAACCAUAGUGAGAUUGAGACAUCCAUCUUACCAUUUCAUCAAUUUCAUGUAACCACGAAGUAAUCACCAUAUGGUAUUAAGUGGCAAAAAUCUUUUUUAAUGAGCAUUUCAGGAGCAAAAGAUGGAAGCUGUUUUCUCGGCUAGCUGUUGGUGAAAGAAAAUGCUCGGCGUCUUCUUUAGGUUCAAACUGUGGAGCGCCUGACAUUACUGUUCCACCGGUCAGUAAUUAUUUUUACCCUUUUUUUUUUUUUUUUUUUUUCUUCUUCUUUUUUUUUCUCAAAGUGAAAUUUCACAUAAAAGCUGCUUGUAAAUCCUGUAGCUUGACAACGAGGGGAAGUGUUUGCGGUGAUAUUUCUUGUUGUCGGUCGGUUUUGUGUGACUCUGUUAAAGGGGAGCACAUAGCAGUGGAGUUCCCUACGCGUGUGCUGGCCCGGGUGGGGGGAAAGAGGAAGACCCCCCCCCCCCCCCCCCCCCGCGGGGUGGAACUGACACCAGCCGGGGUUUAAAGGCGGAGACAAGCACCACCAACACCACCACCACCACCAACCCCCCCCCCCCCGCCCCGCCCCGCCCCUCAGGCCUAGAGGGCCCCGGUGUGCCGCGAGCCGCAGCCCGGGGGCCCCGGCACAGGCGAGAGCAGCGACGGGCGCGGGGAGACGAGCGGAUCCGGCCCGGUUAAAGGAAGACAGUCAGUGGCUGGUUCUAGAUAACCCUUUGGCCUUAUGACUCAUGGACUUGGAAUGAAAAAUGGAGCUGGACAUUAUCAUUUGAAUUAAGAUGGCUUUUCUCUAUUUUUUUGUUUCUCUCUCUCUAGACAGCCCUUAAUUCUUUAAGGAAAAAUAAAAAAACAACUUAGAAAUGGUAAAUAAGAAUGGUAAUCUGAGGCCUUUCUCGACAAAGAUUUCGUCUUCAGCAGGGGCCCCACAUAACAGGGUCUUAUUGUACACAACAACCUCCUAAACAUUACUUCCUUGAAACUCACUGGCUAAGGAUUUUUUCAGUGGAAAGAACUUUCUAUUCCAGAGUCUACCCUUUUUUUUUCUUUUUUUUUUUCUUUUUUUCUUUUUUCUUUUUCUUUUUUAAUAGUUUUUAUUAUUUUCCCCCCCAUCCCCACCUCCCCCCCCUCCGGCAUGUAGUCCCCUCAUCAGAACCACCUGCACAAGUCUCUCCAUCCAAAACAUGGAAACUGAAGAAAAAAAAUAAAUAAAUGAGUUAAGUGACUGCCUUUUUUCUCCUCAAAUUAUGCUGUGAAUUUUUCAAGAAUUUAUUUUCCCUUUGGAUAUGUUUUUAUACCAAAGCAGUUGUUUUAUAGCAUAUUAGGUGUCUGUAACCAAUAAUGUAGCAGUUCACCACUUUUGACGCAAAGUUUAUCGAGAUCUUAUUUUAACGUCAACACAAACAGCUGCAAUAUAUUCCUUUCUAGCAAAACUGGAGACCGUCGUCGAGAACCGUUGGCUACCGUGUAUCUCUGGCCAGAUUUGUUUGCAACGUUUUACCAAAACUUUUUUUUUUUUUCUUCUUUUUUUUUUCCCUCCAUAAUAAUUGGUAGAUUAUUUUGGGAGUCUUUUAAAAAACCUUUGGUAUGUUAGAGAACUUGGUAGUUACUCUGCAGGCUACAGAGUAGCAAGAUAGAGGCUGAUGGUUUAAAAAAAAAAAAAAAAAGAGAAAAAAAAAGGAGACUAAUGCGUUCUAUUUCUGUGUCGUCGUUUUUCUUUUUGCCCUCCCCUUUCCCCCACCCCACUCCCCUCCCUCCCUCCCCCCCCCACCCCCCAUCAUACUAUUUCAAAGGGUGUUGCUGCCUUUCAUACAUCAUUUGGUCAACUUAGCUAGUUUCUGCCGUGAUGCAAGACUUUGUCAUUGUCUUGCCAGGGUAAGGGUAUUUGUGGUAAACCAGUUUGUGUUGAAUGGUAUAGUUCUGAUUUGGUAGGGCAAAUCCCCAUGAUUGUUGUCCUAUUCAAAGGGAAAAAAAAGGUGUCUUGUCAGCCCCACCAUAACAGUGCUUUGCCUAGGCAGACAUGCAUGUCCUCAAAACAUUAGUCAAUAACCAGAUUUUUUUUUUUUUUUUUUUUAUAUCAGGGAUUUUAAAGUGCUUUCUUUGUUCUGUUGUUCAUGUUUACCACUUUUGAAAUUUGAAAAAUAAAAGCAAACAUAAUUAAAAAAAAAAAAAAAAAAAACUGCCCACUGUCACCUUGCCAAUUAAGGGCAGGCCCGCAGGUCAUGCUGUUGUCAUUUCCUAAGAGAACCCAUCCUUUUAAGCAGUCAUGCUUGGUAUUUCCACGAACACAAAUGUAAAGCUACCUAUAUUGAAGAUUGGGGUUUGAUCUGGAUGUCAAGGUUAAUUGCAGAUUUGCAAUCAUUUUUUUCAUACCCCGCUGAAUUUGAGACAUUUAGAUCUUUGUCAGUGGUUUUUAUUACUGGCAUUCAUACUGGUACUAAACAUUCCAAAAAUAAAGACUGAAAAAGAAAAAAAAUUGACUGCAGUGACUCGUAAGUGUGCGCCUAUUUCAGAUCAUGCUGAUUGACCUCUUAUUUAGAGCAGUUGUCAUGAAAUGCAGCCCCUUUUUAAUAGUUGAAAUAGAAUUUAUGUAUAUAUUUAUAUUUUUUUAAUAAAGGAAGUAUAGAACUCACUACCUUGCUCCUGCUGGUAUGUUGAUUAUGUUUGUCAAUUUGGUGACCAUUCAGUGGGCAGGAACUCCUGUUUUCUUAGUGGCAAAACCUUGCCUUUUGGCAAAGGUACUUGACUACAUCAGGACAACACUAUGAGGUAGGGUUUGAAUCAAACAGGGAAAGCUAGAUCUUCAAACCUUAAUAAUUUUCACAGGGUAUAUUGUAAGUGCAUGUACAUCACAAACCUUACUUUUUGGUUAUAUGAGAAGCACAUGGUUGAAAAAAAAAAUGGUUCCAUCUUUCAUAAGCCUGUUGAGUUUGUGGGUUAUACACAAACACAGAUAAUCGUCGACAUAUCUGAACACCCGACCGAAGUUGAAGUCCUUUUUAUUUAACUUUAUUAUUUAGCUUUUUUUUUUCUUCAUUUUUUUUUUUUUUUUUUUUGUUUUUUUUUUUUGAUUUCACAUUUUUUCACUUUUUUGUACAUGCAACAUGCACUAUAGAAUUGAACAGCAUGGGGGAAAGGAUAAGUCCAUGUAUCCACAGAUUGUAAGAUCUAGUCAAGACUUUGCUGUGUUUAUGACAAUGCCCUUUGUAUUAUAUUAAGACAGUCUUAUGUAUGAUAUAUAAAAGAAGUUAAUUGAA